GAGAAAUGAAACAAUAAGAAGAUGAUCCUAAAUAUUAGUAGCCUCAUGAACAAAGAAUAAAUUCUUAUAUGAAAAAACCUGUCAAAUUAAACUAAUUGGAUCCAGAGAUAAUGAAGGCAUAUUCAGAAUAGAUUGGAUUAAAUUCACAAUAAAUUAUGCCAAAAUUAUCAUGGUAAAUUAUAAUUUAAAAUUGACAAAAGGUGGCAAUAAUUCAUGCUUAGACCAGAUAUAAGAAAAAAGUACAAUUAAUAUAGAAGAUUUUCAAAGGAAACAUUACCUAUGUUGGUCUUUGUAGUAUUUUCAACAGGAGUUUUAAUUAAAAUGGAAGGAUAAUAUGAUAAGAUGAAAUAGAAAGUAUAAAAUUCAAAGACUUUAAAAGAAAUAGAGAUUGAAUAAGAAGAUGCUGUAAAUUUUAUUAUUUAUUUAGUAUAUUAGAGCUGCCUUGGAAGGAAAAAAAAUAAAUUUGGAUGUAACAAUUUAAGAGCCAAGAAAGGAACAAAGGUAUAAAUUUGAAGAUGAUGAUGAUGAUUAAAAUUUACCUGGGUUUGAUACUUAGGAUGACUUUUAUGAAGGAUUAGCAAAAGAAGCAAAAUAAGGAGCCAAUAUUCCCCAAGAAUAUUAGUAAUAAUAUUUGGAAUAUCAAUUCAGAAAGAAACAAGGUGAUGAAUAAUAAAAGUCUAAGUUUGAUUUAUGA